CACAUACCCCUCUAUCCAUUAUGUUGUCUCUGUCUUUACGAUGAUUCUUGUCUCUGUCGUUCUUUACCCGUGCGCUUCCGUACAUGCUCCUCGCCCGAUCCUGAUUCGCUCCGUCUGAGCUCCCCAGCUUCUGCCGGGCUGGGCUUGGCCAUCAAAUCAGCCUUACACCACCCAAGAGGCCCCCAUUCCCGCAAAAGAGAUCGGGCAAGACGUGACUGCCCCCCUCAACCUCUCUUCCCAUCAUUCCUUCUCAUACCCUAUCGGUGCCCCCCCGGUGGAGGCCGUCUUUUCAUCUUCCGCGACCGGCACCAUGAUGCAGUGGUCGUCCUUCGUUCAGAAAGCCCAGUCAUUCAUUGACCCGGCCAACUUCAACCUUCCUACUCUCUCCUCCUCCGAUCGCAAUCCCUCUAAAGCCUCCUUGUUUCGCCAGCAAUUUCGCCUUCCCGACUCUCAAAAUCCGUUGCAGGAAAUCACCGCAGAACUGGUUCUUCCCAUUCCCCAUACCUCUUCUCCGACCAGCCAAGGGGCCGCCUCGCGCAAUCUCGAACGCGCCGGCAACCGCUAUGCCGGCCGACUUCACCUGAGCGAACGAUAUAUCUGCUUCUCCACACAGCCGACGAGCUUUGCGCCCUCUGCCACGUUGGGGGCAUCUACCCACUGGGCCGGCCAGACUAACGGUACGGGCCCGUCCGGGAAUGGCUUCACCAUUCCGCUGUGUUGCAUCCGCCGAGUGGAGCGGCUCAACAGCCUGAGCCAUGUAUUCUCACUGGCUCUGACAACGUGGAAUGGUGCGCUGGGGAAGCAGCAAAGCUCCGGCUUCAUCCCCCAACGAUUCACCAUCCAGCUGGUCGGAAGCAGGCAGGCCUGUGAACGUUUCUGCGAUGGCCUGAAAAAAGGACUGCGCGAGGGUAUGAAGGAGAUCGAAAACCUGCGAGUAGUAGUCAACGAUUGCUACUCGGAAUACCUCCUUUCCGGAGCUAAAUCCAAGGGCCAGGAAGGGGACGGCUCCGAGGUGCACCAGCCACCCGAUGCCGGGCUGGGAAUGAUCUUCCGCUACCCCGGCGAUGCCCGCAAGCUACGGGAUCGGAGUAAAAUGAGAUUGUGGGGGGAAUAUUUCCGAGAAAAUGGCCGUAAUGCGACUCUUAUUCGGCAGCCCACCUUUCACAAACUAAUACGCGUGGGACUCCCCAACCGUCUCCGCGGUGAAAUAUGGGAGAUUGCUUCCGGUUCGUUGUACCUGCGCCUGCGGUCGCCCAAGUUGUACACCGAUACGCUUUCCAAAUUCUCCGGACAAGAAUCUCUCGCGAUCGACGAGAUCGAAAAAGACCUCAAUCGAAGUUUGCCGGAGUAUGCCGGAUUCCAGAGCGAGGAAGGGAUCGGACGGCUUCGACGAGUGCUCACGGCCUACAGCUGGAUCAACGCCGAGAUCGGUUACUGCCAGGCCAUGAAUAUCGUCGUGGCCGCUUUAUUGAUAUAUAUGUCGGAGGCGCAAGCCUUCUUCCUUCUUUCGGUGUUAUGCGACCGUCUCCUCCCAGGUUAUUAUUCGACGACCAUGUACGGCACGUUACUUGACCAGAAGGUUUUUGAGUCCCUUGUGGAAAAGACCAUGCCAGUUCUGUGGGAACAUCUUGCCAAAUCCGACGUUCAGCUUUCGGUCGUCUCCUUACCCUGGUUCCUCUCCCUCUACAUCAACUCGAUGCCGCUAGUAUUUGCAUUUAGGGUCUUGGAUGUGUUCUUCCUGGAAGGGCCCAAGGUUCUUUUCCAGGUCGGCCUUGCCAUUCUACGAGUCAACGGCGAGGAGCUGUUAGAUAUACAGGAUGACGGGUCAUUUAUCUCCGUGUUGAAAUCAUACUUCUCCCGCCUGGACGAGUCUGCUCACCCGAGAUCCGAGAAUCCCAAGCUGCGGGCGAUCACCCGAUUCCAGGAAUUAAUGGUAGUGGCUUUUAAGGAAUUUUCUGGUAUCACGCAUCAAACCAUCACGGAACAACGGGAGAAGCAUAAGGAUGCGGUGCUGGAAAACAUCGAAAGCUUCGCCAAGCGCACCUCCAUCCGCAACCUUGGGCCAGAAAGCAAAAAGCUGAGCAUGGACGAUUUGGGCGUGAUCUACGACCGGUUCUACGAGGUCCUCUAUGACCGACAACAAAGACAAAAGCUUCUAGACGAGGAAAAGAAGCGCCAGGAGAAGAAGCGAAUCGAGCGAACUUCGAUUUUAGGGCCACCAGUCGACCGUGAAGUAGGUCGCGUUGGUCUUGGCCCCAGUCCGACUCACAUGGACUACGACGCGUUCCGCGACUUCCUCGCUGCUACAGCCAAGUGGGCCGUAGGUGACACCCCUGGGCCUUCCCGCAAGCAAUCGUCGGGUGAUCUCAGUUUGAGCAGCCUUAGAGCGUAUGGAAAGUCCGCCGCGUCGUGGAACAAGCAAUCGGAACCUGCCGACCACGAAUUCAUGCAACGCUUAUUCCGCAAAUGGGCUACAGAUCCGUCUGAGGGACUCAGUUUGCAGAAUGUGGUCAACGGGCUGGCGCGUCUGAAAGGCCCGCGAGAUAUCAUGAAUAAUAUCAACUACUUCUUUGACUUAUAUGACGACCACGGCAAUGGCCAGGUUGAUCGCGAAGGCAUUCUGAGGAUCUCCGAGGCAUUGCUUUUUCUUUCUCGUCGCGGCUUUGACGGCACUAUUACGCCAACGCAAUCCAUCGAGGAGCUUGGCGCUGCAAAUGACCGUGGGCACCCCGAUCAUGACCGGCUGAGUACGGAUGAGAAAUUCUUGGGAAGUGUCAGCUCAUUCAUCCGCCGGUGCUUCGAGUAUGCCGAUCCCAGCAAACCGGAGGAGGCAAAGCCGGAGGAUUCCAAAGACGCAGAAGAAACGGCGGACAAGUUGGGCGAAUUCAGCAUUGGGGAAGAUGAGGAGGACCUGAUCGAUGUGGGCGAGGAAAAGACCAAGUCGCCCCCCACAACCUCAGAGAACAACAGAUCCCUGGCCCAAAAUGCCGCGGAGGCCCCCGAAACCCCUACUCAAAGCACAUCCGAAUCGGCAAACCCUGCCCUGGAUCCCAACAACCCUCUACAUAUCACCCUUCCCACCUUCCGGAUGGUCAUCUUGGCCGACGAAUUGCUCGAACAAUUCUUCGACUCCUUUUUCCCCCAGUCUUUCCGUCUUUCCGACCACCCGCAUCCUGCCUCUGUCGCCACUUCUCUCUCGUCGAACCUUACGACCUUCUCCAAUAUCAACACCGCCAAGCCACACGCCAGCGCCGCUUCGGGCGCCUCCGUUGCAGGCGCAUCGGGAGGCAUCGUACCCCCGGGCAAGGGUCUCCGCGGUGUUCUGGACAACAUAGUUACGGACGGGAUCCGCAUGGCCGCCGAGGUCAAGAAACGAAUGGACGAAGCGCAGCGUGAAUUGGAGCGCAACGCGCUCAGCCGCGAAGACGAGGAUGAGGAGGAUGAUGACGACUACGACCCCCGUAACAGUUCGUCUACUCCAGCCAUUGUGGGCGGCAUUUCAAGCUGGGGAGCCGGCGCGUACGGCGCAGACCCUGAACGCCGUAGCGUCCGCGACGCGGACCGUGAUCUCCUUGAAGGAGCGGAAGUUGUCAGCAUUCACAAAAAAGACGAGGCAUCCCUACUGGAUGACAAGGAGGGACAGCACCCCGGUACCUCGGAGGCUGGCAAUAGCAGCGAUGCACAGCGGCAGCAACAAUCACAAAACCCGGAUCAACAUGCCCAUGACAACGUCAGCAAAGUUGAGUUCGAGUCAUAAAAUGCUGUCCGGCAUUUUUCGUGCUCAAUCGUCACUCGUCCCAAUCUAUAUCUUCACAUCUUACUCUCCUUUUUUCUGUCCUUUCUUUUCUCUUUUUUUGUGAUAUCAUCGCCCCAACCUCCGUCACACUGCACGUACACCGUUGUAUUUCCUUUUCUAGAAUCAUUUAUUUCUCUCCUUUCUUUUUUUCUUUUGCCGCUUAGCCUUGUUUUCCGUUGUGUACGGAAGACCGAUCAAUGUAUGUAUGUAUUACGCUAGCUUGAAUACAACCGACCCCGAUACGGAAUGCAGUUUACGGACUCGAAAUGUUUCAUAUGCAAUUGUUGGAAAGGCAUGAGGCUGUACAUAACCGUCAGAAGACGAGGGAUGAAAUAAAAUAUAUUACUGUCCGUCCAAUAAAAUGUAUGUACAAGGAGGCAUCAGCCAUGUUUAAACAUGAUCUAUAUGGGAUGAGAGACAAGUACAAUCCAAUAUAGACAAAAUGAAAGAUAAUGCAAGGAGGUAAGUAAAAGAGACCAAGAAAAUAAAAAGAAAAAGUAAGGAAGCCGGAAAAUGAAAGGGGGGUAUAAAAUUCCAAGAAAGAGUAAGGGAAAAAAUGGAAGAGAAAGAUGAUAGUUCAAUGGAGUGUUCUCUCUGGCGAAAAACCUCAGUAGGCUGAGAAUAAGGGACAUAGAGUGACAAGCCAACUAGAAGAGACCCGAGGGGGGAAGUAGAGGGACUCCGUCGAAUAAUUGCGGCAUCAAGGGCCUGGGUAUAGAGGGAUUUCGAGGCAAGGAAAGGAAAAGCAAGAACAAGGAAAUUGAGGGAUCUAGAUGAUUGCAGGAGUGAUCCUCAGAAUCAAUCCUUUUGCCCUUCGUUCUCAAUCAAUUCGAGAACUAUCAAACUUCGUUCGUGCUCAGGGUGUUGCAUGCAGAUCUUGACCGUUCGCCCGCUACUGGCCAAACCACCAUUGGACAGUCCGCUGGAUAGAUUCACGGCACCGCCUGCAGAAGUAGGAACGCUGUUGGCUCCGGAUCCAGGCAUGCUGCUACCGUCGUCGAGGAGGACGACAUUGUGACCCGGGAUUACCUGACGGAGACGCCCAUUCAUUGCGUUGCGUACCUCAACAAAGUCCUCGUUGAAAAGUAUCAAGAAUUUCCCGUACAGGCAGGCGGAAUGGGCGCGUCCUACGAAUUCCAUGACCACGCUCCGGGAAACGUCGCCAUGUUUGUUCACGUAGACGGCGCAUUCGGUGUAGACCACGAGGAACUCGCUGUCGCUCAAACGGAACAUGCCCAGCGGGCGGAGGUUGCCGAUCCGGUUGGCAAUGCUUGACAGUUGGGCCUGCGCCUCCGGGGCCUCCGAUCGGAAAUCCGGAACCGACCAGGUCUGUUUCUUGUCAAGCGUGAGGAUCUCAAUGCCGCGCUGGGUGGAAAUUGCCAGCGAGGAGUGAAACAUGUUGAUGCCGUAACUUUCGGCCGGGAUGUAAAACUCAUCGAAUUCGCGGAAAAACUCUGUCUGCGAGCGACGAGAGUGGAAGAAGCGCGUCUUGCUGGAGGAUGAUUUCUGCAGGACUGGUUCCAAAACCUAUGUAUGAAGAAAAGGUCUGCGUCAGUGACUUGAAUUUCUUGGAACAUGCCAAAACGGCACCCGACAUACCUUGAAUGUGGACGACAGCCCGUCCCGUUUCUUGUACAUGACCAAAGUACGAUCCUUCAUAUGUCCUGCGGCAAAGAAGCCCACUUCUCGGCUCCCGGAGAGCUUUUGGGGUGCACGGCGAGCAGAGUCACUCGUGGUUUGAUUUUGGAUCCCGCUGGCUGGGCACACAACGUCCAAGUGGUAGGCGAUCAGGGACUUGUCAGCAAUGAGAAGGAAUACGUUGAAUUCCUCGAAGACGGCAACCUGAGUCACGCGCACGAUAGGAAUCGCCUAAGUUUCGUUAGCAUGGUUUUUCUGAGGGGUCAUUAUUCCAAAGGGAUCCAUACCCGAGUCCAACCUCGAGGGUCAUUGUAAUCGGAUAUGUAGACGCCAUAAUCGGUGCCGAUGGCACACAUCAUUCGACCGGCAGGUUGUUGGAAGACAGUAGCACAGUGGACGGCGGUCCGACAGACCGGCUGGGGCCGUGGGCUGGAGGCAGGGUACCGCAGUUCUACCUCUUUGAUGGCUCGAUCCAAGGGCGUGCCAUCGAUGGUGACCGAACUGGAGGCCGAGAAGUCCGAGUUCGCAAAGGCAGUGUCCGCCAGCACACGGAGUCUGAACGGCUCGGCAUUCUGAGUGAAGAGAGCGGCGGCAUGCUUCGUCUUCGCCUCGGUGAUCUUGUCGCACCAAUCCUGCCGACUCUGGGCAGAAAAGGCGUAAAGGGUAUAGGUCCCCGCGGUGCCUAGGUGCUUGAUCUUGAAGGGGUAGAGGAUCUUGUCGUCCUUGGAGCUCUCCAGGACGGUGGUCGGCACCAGCGCCGACGUGCCGCCGCCGGGGGCGAAGUUCGAAGGCACGGCACCGGUGCCACGCGUGACGGCCUGGGGCGGCGUCACCGUCGCGACUCCGCGCACCGACGAUUUGACCACUGGGUCGUCGUUGGUGCUCUCCAGGGCCAGAAGAUCCAUGGGGAUGGGCAGCUUGGAGACGUCGUAGCUCUCGUACUUGACGGUGCGCGAGGGGUCCCGGGCCGUGACUGCCUUGGCCAGGACCAAGUAGUGAUCGAGGAGGAUGGCAUGAGUGUCUACGAGGAAGCGGGUGCGCGUGCCCGGUCGCUGCAGGUCGCCGCGGAAGAUAAUCUCGCGGCCCAGAUGCUCCAGGUUCAGCUCGACCUCCUUUUUCAUCUCCGGCCGCAGCUGCAGCUUGGACGACAACUCCAUCAGAUCGACCUUCUUGCUCAUCUCGCCGACCUUGUUGUCACACUCCAGCGCGACCAGUUUGAUCUCCUCGAUGGCCUGGGCCACGUUGAUCUUCUCCUCACUGUCCUUCAGCAUGUUCUUGUGAACGGUGGAGAGCAGCAGGGUGUAGCGCUGGAUGCGCGUGAUGGGGGCCUUAAGGUAGGUGUCCCAGCUGAGCCGGUUCGAGAGCUUGUGGUCGCGGACCUGGUUUAGGAACUGGCGGAAGUGGAUAUUCCGUUCGGCCUCCUUGCGCACCAGGUAGUUGGCGUAGGGGAACGUGGCGGCGUAGUCAAUGUAGACAGAUUUCGCCUUGCGGAUCCACUCGCGGAAGAUGUCGCUGAAGCCGACGAUGAAGGGACCCUGCUCCUUCUGGCGGUACUUGAGCUGCGCCAGCAGGUGGUCCUCGUUCACGCGCUUGACCGAGUCGACCUUGCCGAACACGUCGAGUAGGAACUUGUUCAAACGCUUGGGCGGGAUGAUGGAGGGCUGCAUGGCCAGCAGCUGGUCGCGGUAGAGGUCGCGCAGCACGUCCAGCUGGCCGAUAAAGGAGUCUUCGGUCGUCACCACCUCGUGCAGGUUGUUCUGGCGGUCGAUCUCCUUCUUCGGGUACGACUCCCAGAGAGACUUGGGGACCUUGUAAAACGUCACCCAGUCCUCGGCCUUCUUCUGCGGCUCCAUCAUCUGCUCCUUCAGAUUCACCUUCUUGAGAGUGCGCAUGCAGUGGUAGGAGUAGCAGCGGCCAAAGGCCUCGCCCUCCUGCUCGUGCAACAAGGACGAGUAGCAGCCGGUGCCGGUGAUCUGGAAGAGCACACCGGAGAGCGAGCCGGAGCUGAACUUGACCCACUCCUCCUCCUUCACCAGGGCCCCCUCGGCCAGCAUGUUGGCGACGACGCGGGCGGCCAGCGUCUCGGCGUCGGCGAUGUUCAUGGUCGGCACCUUGUGGGUGAAGAGGGCGACAAGGGCGUCGACGAUGGCCUGCUCCUUGAGGUCGGUCUCGUCCUCGCUCAACUCGCGGAUCCAGGCCAGGACGGCGCUCAGGGCCCAGGGCUCGACGCAGCGACGGAACUGCUCCGAGGACAGUUUGGCCGGAUUGAACUUUUUGCGACGGCCAGCGGGGAUGGUAGGUAGGUCCAGGGCCAUGGCGGCCGCCGUCUGCGCGUCCAGCUGCAGCGAGCCGGACUCGGGGCGCAGCGACAGCAGCUCCUGCUGUUGCUGCUGACGAUACUUGGCCCGGUCGGCAUCGGUUUUGGACCUGAUAGGGGGGUCAGUACGCGGUCCUAUCGGAUGACUCGACAAGGAGGUCGACCGUGGGACUUGAGAGGAGGCGGGCACGGUCGGCCUGUACGAGUUUGCAGCAACUGGGUAGGAGGGAGUAUACUGUGAAGCUGUCUGCCAGUCCUCUUGCUCCGCGGGCCGGUGGUAUGUGCCGGCCGGCAUCAAAUGGGGGAUCACGCUGGCGUUGUUCGCCGGUUCCACGGGGGCCGGCGGCAACGGGCGCAUGCCCGGGUGGAAGAACAGAUCUUCGGGCUCGUCGCCACGCUCCGACCCCUCGCUGUCCGAAUGAUGCGCGUGGUGGAUGGGCGGCGUCUCCGCCUCCUCGCCGUAAUCGAAGCUCAUGCGGCGCCCGUACGCCCCCGGUUCGGACAGCCCGCCCGUGCCGCCGGCAUCCACGCGCGCGUGCGAGGGCAACGGCUGGAACGGGUAGGUGGCGAGGUCGUCGUUGGCAACGGGCGGAUAGUCGUAGUCGUCCGAGUACUCUGCCCGAUCGUCGGACGACACGUUGGAGCUGCGCAGCGAGCCCGACGUGGCCAUCAGUCGGUCCCGGUCGAGUCCAUUUGCCGUCGCCGCCUCUUCCUCCCGAGGAUAUG